GCAAUACUGACGUUUCCUCUUUCCCUCUUCUGUGAAAUCCUCCAGCCAAGCUGUGCGCUAACCGAGUAGGCGAAUUCACUUCGUCACUUCACAAAAGACUUCCAAAUUCACUGCGGCAGACACUGCAAAAUAAAAAUGUUAAGUACAUCCUAGCUGAGGGGGAGAGACGGAAGAAGGCUCCGUGUUCAAUCAAAGGUUUGCAAUAAUAGGAUUCAUUUUAAAAUAAGACAGAUGGGAUUAGGAAAUGUUGCUGCGGUGAGACUGUCCUGAGAGGCACAGGCAGCCUGUCUUUUGUGGACCUGCACAAUGAUCCCAGAGCCAGACUGGCUUAGGAGACCCUGGGACUAGGGCUCCAGAGAGAGGCCACCGGCUCCGGGACACCCUGCAGGGCAGGAGGCGGAGACCAUGCAUCAGAUCUACAGCUGCAGUGAUGAGAAUAUUGAAGUUUUCACCACCGUGAUCCCUUCCAAGGUGCCCAGCCCGUCCAGGAGAAGAGUCAAGAGCUCUCAACACCUCUUGGCCAAAAAUGUGGUGAUCGAGUCCGACCUGUAUCCGCCACCGAGACCCCUAGAGCUGCUGCCGCAACGCUGUGAGCGCAGGGACACAGGCGACCGCAGGUGGCUGCAGACUGGCCGACUACAAACCGCCAGGCCACCCGGGAUCCAUCCCACUAAAACCCCGGCCAGACCUGUGGGGAUUUCUGAACCCAAAGCAUCGAAUCUGUGUGGGAAUCGCGCAUAUGGAAAGUCAUUGAUUCCUCCAGUGGCCAGGAUCUCAGUGAAAACUCCAGCUGGAGUGGAGGUGACAGCCAAGGGCUCAGAAAAUGGAGCUGCUCUGGGAAGGGGAUCCAGACACCUCAAGAAGAUAACAGAAGAGUACCCAGCCCUUCCCCAGGGAGCGGAAGCCUCCCUGCCAUUAACAGGCAGUGCUUCCUGUGGUGUCCCCGGCAUCCUGCGAAAAAUGUGGACCAGGCACAAGAAGAAGUCUGAAUAUGUGGGAGCCACCAACAGCGCCUUUGAAGCCGACUAAAUGCGACCUUUCAUGGGCGCCUUGCAUUGGCCCAGGUUCACAGGAAGAUACUAGAGUUGAGGACUGGGACUGAACCACCCUCCCCUCUGCUGGUUGCUGGUCCAAACACAUCAUCAUUCCUUACACUCUGGCAUGGGGCAUGGAAAGUUAACAUCCUCAGUAGCUAGUAGGAAAGCCAUUCCUCAGAACGACUAAAGCCGUUGGUCUUAAAGUCAAAUUGGUUGAUACAAACGUUAUAACCCUAUCUUUAGGCAAAACCGUACCAAAAGCAAAGCUUCCUGGGCUUUCUGAAAGCCCUCCAAGGAAAACAGAAGGCAGUUGAGCUGUCUUCUUUGUGAGUUUCUGCAAGAUGUAUGGUUCCUGGUAUAAAUGUAAACGUUUGACUCUGAGGUACUUGGAACACAGUGGUUCUUACUUUGCCCAUUUCAUGUCUGUUUUGCCUUGGUGAAAAAUGAAACACUUCAUCUCUA